CCUGACUACCAUUCCUGGCCAACUUCAAGCCAAGCUCUUUCUUUUCUAUCACUUUCUUGAGAAAAAGCUUGCAUUUUCUAUGCCAAAAACCCCUUCAAAGAUGUCAGCCUUUUCAGUGCAACACAACAACAACAACAACUACCCAUUAUUUCUUGAUUCAGUUUCAUUACAAAACAAUAAUCCUAUCAAUAUUGUGUCUGGCUUUAUGGAGGAAGGGGAUAUAAAUACCAACUGUUUCACUCAAUUCUAUUCAUCCGAACUCCUUUUGGAGACUCUUGUCAAUCCUGGAUCCAAUCAAAGCAGCUGCCUUGAUGAUCACAGCAGUUCAAAGAUUUCUCACAGUGACAAUGAGACAUCUACUGUGACAAAAAAACAGAGCACAGAGUCUUCAACAGUGGAGGAUAAGAUUGAGAGUAGUGGUGACCAGGCAACUCAAAAGAUGAUUCAGAUGGACAAGAAGAGGAAGAACUCUGCUCAAUCAAAGGAUGACACAGAAGGGAAGAGUAAGAAACAGAGGAAGAUCAAUGGUGGCAUGAAAAAUAAUAAAGAAGAGAAGCCAAAAGCAGAGAAGAAGAAGAAGCAGAAGAAAGUCCUUGAAGAGCCUCCAACAGGCUACAUUCAUGUAAGGGCAAGGAGGGGCCAAGCAACAGAUAGCCACAGCCUUGCAGAAAGGGUAAGAAGAGAGAAAAUAAGUGAGAGAAUGAAGAUUUUGCAAAGGCUUGUCCCUGGCUGCGACAAGGUGACUGGGAAGGCCAUCAUGUUGGAUGAGAUUAUUAAUUAUGUUCAGUCCCUUCAGAACCAAGUAGAGUUCCUUUCAAUGAAGCUUGCUUCUAUGAAUCCUCUGUUCUAUGACUUUGGAUUGGACUUUGAUGCAUACAUGGUCAGACCUACAGAGGGAUUGAGUGGCGGGACAACACCACAGCCAUCUACUGCACAUUGCAGCCCCAACCACAACCACAACCACCACCAGGCCACACCAGCAGCUUUUGUUGAUGCAACCACCACAACCAUAACUACUCCUCCAUUUGCUACAUAUAAUAACUGUUCUCUUCCUCUUCUUGAUACCUCAGCUUCUCUUUUACUCCAGCAUGGGCACAGGACAAAUGCUUUCUGUCAGGAAAAUGUUGGUCUAUUAUGGGAUGUAGAGGAGCAGAGACAAAGGUUUCUAAACCCAUCUGGGUUCUCCAACAAUUUGUAUUCUUUCCAAUAAAUCUACAAAACAAGCUGCCCUACAAGCAUCUGCACACAAGCCAAGCCAAGCCAUGCCAUGACAAAAGCAGAGAAAUUAAAGGGAAGGCCAAUGGGCAGAGCAUCAGUCAAUUCCAAUGGAGGGGGUGUGUUCUUGUUCUUGUUUUCUGCAGCUUCACUUAGAAGCUCAUCUUCCAAGUCCAAUAAUUUAAAGUACAGCAUCAUGGAAAAUUAACAGAAAGGACAGUUGAAAAACCGACCAAAAUAAGACAAUCAUCUUUUUUGGAGAUCCCUUUGUUCUUGUCUGUAUUUUUUUUUUUGACUCCCCCACCAAAGUUUGUCAUGCACGAAUCCCAAUGAAGCAGUUAUUCCAGUUAUUACAGUUGUAUUUACCGUUAUUUUUUUUCCCUCUUCAAACAGUUAGAAAGAGGAGGGAAAAGUAGUCUGAUUCCUGUACUGUAAUUGAUAUGACUAGCUAUAAGUUAUGCAUUUAUUGGCAUUGUUGGCUUA